CAUUUACCCUUUAUCCCGUAUAAAAUUAGACCACCAAAACCUAUAUCAGACAGACAAAAUUCCUGUUUUUGUUGAAUAUUGAUGUACAUCUAUUUAUACAAAUGAAAGAUGAUGAAGUUGGUGAGUAAUUCAAUAAGGAAUUAUCAUUACCAUUAUGCAGAAAUAGGAUUAAGAUUAGGAUGGUUGAGUAGGAAGAAGAAUCAUAUGAGUACUACUACAGUAGUAACAGCAGGAAAAGGGAUUGAAAAAGAGAGGGUUGACUGUGUGGUAAUAGGGGCAGGUGUUGUUGGAAUAUCAAUUGCCAGACAUUUAUCUUUGAAACUUGGCAGAAAUGUUUUGGUGAUUGAAUCUGGUUCUACUUUUGGGACUGUAACAAGUUCAAGAAAUAGUCAAGUUAUUCAUGCUGGUAUUUAUUAUCCUCCCAAUUCUCUCAAGGCCUGUUUAUGCGUUAGAGGAAGGAGACUACUGUAUGAUUAUUGUAAGGAGCAUGGGAUUCCUCAUAAGCAGACCGGGAAACUCAUUAUAGCUUCUCGAAAUGAAGAGGUUUCAAAGUUGAAUUAUUUAUUGCAUCGUGGGAAUGAAAAUGGAGUUGAAGGACUGAAAAUGAUGGAGGGGUCGGAAGCAAUGGCAAUGGAGCCUGAACUGCAAUGCCUCAGAGCUUUGUGGUCACCAACUUCAGGAAUAAUCGACUCACACUCCUUAAUGCUCUCACAAAUGGGUGAAGCCGAAAGUCACGGAACAAUGUUUUGUUACAACAACACUGUGGUUGGCGCUCAUCUUGAAGGAAAUCAAAUGUGUCUUCACAUUUCUGAAACAGAGUCCCUACAAAACUGGGAUACCAAAUCUCAAUGGCCCCCGGAUAUUGUACUUCUCCCGAAACUUGUAGUGAACUCUUCGGGAUUGAGUUCUGCAUCUCUUGCCAGGCGUUUCAGUGGCAUUAACCAUGGGGUAAUUCCUCAAUCUUAUUAUGCCCGUGGCUGCUACUUCUCUUUAUCAAAUACAGUUCCACCAUUCAAACACUUAAUAUAUCCUAUACCCGAAGAUGGUGGUCUUGGAGUGCAUGUUACUUUAGAUCUAGACGGACAAGUGAAAUUUGGUCCUGAUGUUGAAUGGUUGAAUGAAAUUGAUGAUAUUUCAAGUAUACAGAACAAGUUUGACUAUACAGUAUGUGCUGACCGGGCUAAGAAAUUUUAUCCAGAAAUACGAAAGUACUACCCAUCUCUGAAAGAUGGUUCUUUGCAGCCUGGUUAUGCUGGCAUUCGACCAAAACUUUCUGGUCCGGGCGAGGGCUUUGCUGAUUUUAUCAUUCAGGGAGAGGAAUUUCACGGGAUACCUGGUCUUGUAAACCUUUUUGGAAUCGAGUCUCCUGGUCUAACAGCGAGUAUGGCAAUUGCAGAACAUGUCGCCACCAAGGUUCCAAGAAUCUAAGUAAUCACCUUGUUUAACAUUGUCUGCUCAUCACUUACUAUUCCAAAUGUCUCUUUAGAUGUCUCUCUUUUUAAUAACAGAGGUACCAUCCAUUAAAAAAAAGAAGCACAUGGUUUAUUCUUUAUGUUGUGCAUUUUAAAUUAUGGUUAGUAUGGUGGUUCUUUUGUCCCGAUAAGGAGCUAAUCUUGUUUA